AUGUCGCCGCGUCGUGGAUGGUUGGGGAUCCGCUUCGACGUGUGGCUGGUGGUUUGGGUGUGGGCGCCUUGUGCUGGCUGCGGGGAUGUGGCCAUAUCCGUUGGUUGUGAGAAUGGGAUGGAGGAGGAUGAGGUUGUGGAUCUCUCCUUCUUGUCCAUGGUGGGUGACUGCUGGCGGUGUGUGUGUGUGUGUUGUGUGUGUGCGGUCUCGCAGUCUGUGGACUGUGUGGGCUGUGGCUGCCUCUUGCCAUGCUGUGUGCUCUCUUUGUGCGUGUUUUCAUGCUGCGCCUCUCUCCCUCUCGCUCUCCCUCUUGUUCUGUCUUUCACUUCCCCACUCGGUGUGCAGAUCAGCGGACUGACCCCAGCAACACUAGGAAGGAUGAUGGCUACUGUGAUGACGACGACUGCGCUGCGCCGUGAGGUGUGCGCCCUGUUGUCCCUCGCGCUGUUGUGCUGCUGCGCUUCUGUGUGCGUGGCGGCUGCGGCUGCGACGGGGACUGCUGUACAAUCAACUGAGUUGUAUUCCGGUACCUCUGCCGUGAACGUGUCGGUGGAGGUCUCGUGUGCGGACAGUAACAAGAAGUUGCAAUGGCGCUUCCCUGGCCAGAAAGAUUGGAAUAAGUGUGCACUCGCACAGGGCGCUCAUGACUACACUGUUCUCCCGAGCAUUGCUGACCAGAAGAACACUGUUGAUCAGGAGAACACUGAAUACUACACUGUGGGUACAUCUGACAGUGAUGAUGAUGUUGAGGUUGUUACCUUUGAUACGGUAAUUGAGGAUCCCGGCCGUGUCGGUGAGUUACUGUGCCUCUCGGCCGAACAGAUGUACUCGGCUGCAAAAUGUAAUGAAUCCUGCAAGUCCGUCGGUGUGGAAACAAUUGCGUUUACGAUGGAAUAUUUGACGGAUAAAGAAAGUGGUGUGUACAAGAAGUGGCUGGUAUAUAAUAAUUCUUCUAAUUCUGCUGCGGUUAGCACCCCAGGCGUCUGUUCGUUAAAAACUCCUGUUGAGGAGGCACCUGUGAAGGCUAACGGUGGAUCUCCAGAGGCCGCUGCAGUAACGCCGACAGCACAAGUGACAGCCGUGGGGGCACCCGCAGCGGGGCAGGCUGCAGGCAGUUCGAGUUCAGCUGCGAGUGGGGCCUCAUCAUCGGCACAGACUAUUGAGCAGAGGAUAUCCCCAGCGGACCCACAAGCCGGGAACACUUCGCAGCUGCCAACAGGCGAAGGGGUUGGCAGAACGGAUGCAUCCGGGACGACGCAAACACCCUCAGCCACUCCCGCCAGCGGCAAUGGUGGGGCCUCCGGUGCAGCCACGGCCGGUGCUGCCUCACAGUCCGGUAAACCGAAAUAUACGAAGGAGGCCAACAACAGUGCCACCACUGGAGCGCAGGGUCCCGGCACGUCGGACAGCAGCGCCAUCGCCACUGCGUGGGUGCACACACCACUGCUGCUGCUGCUGCUGACCGCCCUUGCAUGUGCCGCUGGGCAGCGGUGCGGAGCAGCCACACACGAAUGA